AUGCAUCCUCUAUUUAAACUGAAAACACUUGAGAAUAUAGACAAACAUAUAUUAGCAGAGAUCCCUGACAAGCAUAGCAGGCCUAAACUAUAUGCAGCAGUUGAGAAGUUCAUGAUCCAUGGUCCAUGUGGCAGGCAUAACAAUACCAGCCCAUGCAUGUCCAAUGGUCGUUGCUCCAAAUUUUUUCCAAAACAAUUUAGAUUAAGGACUGUAAUUGAUGAGGUAGGCUUCCCCAAGUAUAAAAGAAGAGACAAUGGCAGAACAAUCAUGAAGAAAAACAUAGUUCUCGAUAACUCAUACAUUGUCCCAUACAACCGAUCGUUGUUGCUAAAGUACAUAUUAGCCUGCAAAGCUGUUUGGAAAAUAUUUGGGUACGACAUACAACAAAAAAAAUCUUCAGUAAUUAGAUUACCUUUUCACUUGCCAGACGAACAUCCGGUGGUUUUUAGAGACUAUGAAAAUAUAGUUGACGUCAUUAACAGGAUGGACGGCAAGCCUACAAAGAUGCUAGCUUGGAUGCUUGCAAAUAGGUUAUUUCCAUUUGGUCGUACUCUUACAUAUAGCCAGUUUUCAAAUAAGUUCGUGUGGAAAGAAGACAUUUCUUUGUGGAUGCCAAGGAAACAAGGCUUCUCAAUCGGCAGACUUACUCAUGUUCCACGAGGAAGUGGUGAAGAAUAUUACCUAAGACUUCUGCUCAACAUUCAAAAGGGGUGUGUAAGUUUUGUUGACAUAUGUACAAUUGCAGGCAUUAUGUAUAGCACGUUCAAAGAAGCAUGUUAUGCAUUGGGCCUUCUGCAAGAUGACAAAGAAUUUGUUGAUACCAUCUUGGAAGCAGGUUACUGGACUUCUGCAAACUACAUCCGUGACCUUUUCGUGGUGCUCUUAUUGUCAAAUAAUAUGGGUAGACUGAAAAUGUGUGUCAGCAAUGUUAUGAUGUUUUGUCUGAAGACAUUCUUUACUUUCAAAGAAAAUCCAUGCAACCUGCAACUAUCCAAAGACCAGAUAAUGAAUAUGACUCUUUUAAAGAUAGAGGAAAAACUACAGGCUAAUGGUAGAUCACUAAGAGAGUUUGAUGGGAUGCCUUUUCCAAGCUUUAGCACUAUUGAAGAGUUAGAUGAUCAGUUAAUCAUGGAUGAACUAAACUUUGACGUCAAUGUUCUGCGCAAUUAG